AUGGAAUCUAAUUAUCACGAUCAAGAAUCGAUAAACUCGAGCGAAGAAGUUGACCAUCCGGAGCAAUCAGACAACAACGAGUUAGGCGUAGGGCGAUUGUACGAGUGCGUGUUCUGCAAGAGGGGUUUCAACACCGCACAAGCCUUAGGCGGGCACAUGAACAUCCACAGGAAAGAUAGAGCAAGGAACAAACCUAGUUCCGCCAAGAAGUUAGACGAGAUUUACGCCGGCCCUAGACUGUAUCAGCAGAUACCAGCAAUAUCAUCAAGUAUUCAUACAAGUAAUAAUCAUCGUUUUGUGUCUGAUGAUCAGGAUCAUCAUCAGACACACUUGAGCUAUGCUGCAUAUUUUCCAGCAUCCUCUUCCAGCUCUAGAUUACUACCCUUGUAUGGAAACGACAGCUACCAUCAUCAUCAACAGUAUUGUUCUGAUGAUGCUGAUCAUCGUGAUCUUCGACAGCCCACGAAUCAAGGGGAUUGGCGUAUGGAGUUUUCCGCGGAGGAUUUGGGAAAGAACAGGCAGGAAUUCAUGACGGACCAGAAAGAGGAUGAGUUGGAUUUGGAGCUUCGACUCGGCUAUGAUUCUUGA